UCGGGCUAUUAUCUCGAGUGGUACAUGAUUCAUGCUGUAGUACUUGUUCUUUUUUUCCCUCUUUACUGAUUUUUCACCACCAUGGGAUAAUUUUGAUUUUCUUGAGACUCAUCGUCGGUUGAAGGUUAAUUGUUCCGUCUUUAAUUCUAAGCUAGGAUAAGCCUCGACGAAGCUCGAGUAGCAUCCGGCCGACGAGAUGGACACCGAGCACGUAUUAAAGAACGACAUCGGGCAAUGCCUAAAACUGAUAGUGUCUGGGGACGACGCGGCGGUUAGCGACGGCUGGCUGAUGCUGCAGAAUCUGCAGGAUCGCGAGUUCAGCCAGCUGACCGAUUGCGAGGAUAUUUUAAGAGACAUCCUUCAGAGUAAGGUAACCAAUGUGUCGGAAGUGCCAAAGAUUAUGGCCUGGAUGUCGGCGCACAUCGUGGAAAAGCGUUUCAACACUCCCCCUAUUUCCAACGAUGUCGCCUUGCUUCUGCGAAACACGGAGCUCGAUGACAUGUCGCACUUGACUAAGCUGCUCAACGUGCUGGCGGAUCACAGAGUGUACUUGCCUAGGUCGGCAAACCACACGAGACUCUGCGAGGCGAUAGUCAUGAGCCUGUCUUCCUUUCAGAUGCCCUUAGAGCCGAAAAAAAUAUCCGAGUUCCAAGAAAACACUGCUAAGAUUCAACACUUUCUCAAUGCGCUAUGUUCGAACACAAAGAACGGCGAGCGCGACAUUCUAAUGUUUACCUGCCUUCAAACCUUGUACAAUAUCAUAUCUGACACAAACAGAAAGCAAGAACCAGGCCCAGGACUCGCUGCCAUAUUGCAACUAGUUGAAGUUUCUGUUAUUCCACAGGCAGUGGACUGGAUUCUGGGUCAGAAGCAUACUGAUUAUCAACUGAUACAAGCCCUGAAAGUUCUGUGCAACUGGCUACCAAAAUGGCGUGAAGAUCGACUCAACGUUUGGAUUAUGGAAUUCAUACGUGGUCUGGAGAAGCAACACAAGUAUUCCACUCUUCUUGAAUUCACAGAGUCUUCGAUUGAUAUGUUAGCGUUAUGUAGAGUGUUACUAUUACCAGUGCUUCGUCCAAAUGUUUCCAAUAUUAUAUUUUACAUCCUAAAGAGGCAGAGUUCAUUGUCAUUUGUUCAGAAUGUAGUUAAAAUCAUACCAGGGUUGAUAAAAGAUCUGAUGAAUGAGAAUACAGAAUCCAGUAAUGAGUGUAUACAGAAUUUGGUUGACAUUAUGAAGGUAUAUAGUAAGAGAUUUUCUACCUGCAUAUCUUGCGGAAACAUAGAAAACUAUUCAUUCCCUGUACUACCGCGCAUGCAAGUUGUCAGAGAAAUCUGUAAUGAGCCAGUAUGGAUAGACGAUACAAAAGAGUUUGAACCAAUUGUUGAACCAGAAAGGCCACUGUCUGGAAAAGUUGGGCUGUCUAAUCUAGGAAAUACUUGCUAUAUGAAUAGUGUACUACAAGCCUUAUUAAUGACCAGACAAUUCUGCCAAGAAGUAUUGAAUUAUCGCGCCUUAAAUGAAUCGGGUAAAACACCCUUGCUAGAGAAACUUCAAAAUUUGUUCGCAUUGCUGUUAUAUUCUCAGAGAAUAUGUUUGGCGCCGACUGAGGUAUUACGGGCAUCAAGGCCAACAUAUUUCUUGCCUGGGCAGCAACAGGACAGUUCAGAAUUUCUCUGUCAUCUUCUGGAUGUCCUGCAUGAGCAAGAAAAAUCCGCUAAUUCAAACUGUGGAGGAAACGAUAGUGUGGCAACUCUUAAAUCUAAAAUUGAAAAGCAAGAAGACGACAUGACAUUGUCGAUGGAACCAACAAAAAGUAUUAUUAAACGUUGGACAACUGAAGAAGACUUAACAGAAGGUUUAGCUUUGCAACGGAAAACACAAUCAUUGGCGGAUUUUACACGAGGUGAAGAGUUAGGACAAAGACUCAGCGAUUCUCAUUCGGAUUCGACUGACAGCGGUAUACAAUCCGUAGGCGGUGAAGAGACAGGCACAUACACAUCCCUUGUACACAAGGUAUUAGGUGGAGAGUGCCAGAUCACUUACCAGUGCGCACAAUGUGACACUAGUUCCCGCAAUACGGACAAAUUUCGCGACUUACAACUGUGUUUUCCCGAAGAGAUACAGGAGAAUCAAGAAGUCUCUGUUCAAGAUCUUAUCAAUUAUUAUCUCACGCCAGAGAAACUUACGGGAGAGAACAAGUAUCGAUGCGAUAAAUGUAUGAAAUUAUGCGACGCACAGAGGAUCAUUACGAUCUUACAAGCACCCGCGCAUCUGAUUCUAACGCUGAAACACUUUCGAUACGACUUCGAUACUAGAUUAAGGACGAAACUUCGGCACAAAGUAGUAUAUAAUGAGACUAUACAAUUGCCUGUAUCGGCGAUCCCGUAUCUUGUUGCUGAAACGUAUCAUUUGUAUGCUGCUGUCGUGCAUUCCGGAUACAGUAUGGAUUACGGACACUACUUUACGUACGCUUGCGAUUCCAAGCAGAAUUGGUACAAAUUUAAUGAUAGCUUGGUAACCCAGACCACAUUCGAGGACUUCAAGAGCAUGAAACCACCCGAUACGCCUUACAUACUGUUCUACGAAAAAUCGGGAGCUCACGACGGGAUCUACGAGGACGACAAGCCCGAGUUGUCGAUUCUAAGUAAACGUAUACAGGAACUAAUAUCGAACGACACUACAGAGUACAUAGAUGAGCUCAGACGUCAAAUGAUAGCAACACAACGUAGUCAGCUUCCAACAAAACCCUUGAGACAGCACAACAAUUCCGACGAUGAUAAUCCGCCACCCAGUAGUUGUCGCGGUGCAAUUGAUGUUCCGGCGAAUCGUUUUCUUUAUUAAACGAGAAAGAAUUUGUUAUACGCACGGCGACAAAUCUCGCAAAAACUCUGUAUUCUAAAUAUUUUAUAUAUAGAUAUAUAGAUUUAAAAAAAUUUCAAUCAUCCUGUAAUCGUAAAAAGUCGCGUUUUAUGGUUCUAUACCAUAUCGUAUCGUUAUAGAAAAUUUCAUUAAGAAUUGAUAUUCGAUUUUACGUCUUGCGUUCAUCAGUGAAUAUCUAUACAUAGAUCAUUGUACAUCGCAUUACUAUAACUCGACGACAGUUACGUUGUCCGGAAAAUCGUUAUGCCAGCUAUACAAAAUAGUGCGAAAUAUAAUAUUAACCAGAACUUGAAUCUGUGCAAAACGGAUAUGUACAUAAAAAUUAUAAACGAAUACAUACAUAUAUGAGUGAUGAUUAUUCGAAUGAGCGAAUACAUUCAUAAUAUGAACUUCAUAUAUAUACGAGAGAUGAAAUUCGUAAGACUAUAAAACAAAUUAAUGUUUUAAUUUAUUAGUCAUUAAUAAUGUAUUAUAAUGUGUUCAGUGUGUUUUUAAACCAGUGUUGCUAGAUUGUUUUACAAAAUUUAUGUAUACUACUAAGGAGAAUUAUAUAUUGGAACAUCUCGAGUUUUA